CCUUUCCUGGCUUUAAUUUUCAAUCAACAAUGAAAUCAGUGAGUCAAUGUUGUGUUUGUUAGCCUAGAGUAGAGUAGGCGACUGCUUGUAACGGAACGGUUACUGUACAGUUCUUGUUCUCGUUCUACCGUCCGUGUGAUUGAGUGGUUGACAGCCAGUUGAGCGGGGCCCCUUGCAGUGCAGCCUGUUUGGGAAACGCCUCGUCAGGAACGUAGACCUUGUUCAAGUCAAAGCAAACCAGUCUGUGUGUACAAGCGAAAGAACAUGGAGGAACUGAGAUCUUCAACCAGAGGGAGUGGAGAAAGUUUACCUGCUCAACAAGAGACACGGCACAUUGAUACUGCUCAUAUGACAAGCCCAAGAGAACAAGGAGAUGGUGCUCCUGUGUUGUCGUCAAACACUUCGGAUGAGUCUCAGAGAGACCAAGUUGUCGAGACAAAACCAUUCACUAUCAGGACGGAGCUUGAUGUUGUCCAGAUCUUGCUAACAGUUUUUGCUCUUGCCACCAGAACUUGGCGGCUUGGGGUACCCAGAGCUGUUGUAUUUGAUGAGCUUCACUUUGCUAAGUUUGUGUCUCUGUAUUUGAAAAGAAUUUUCUUCUUUGAUGUGCACCCACCCUUGGGGAAGAUGAUUCUUGCAAUGGCAGGCAGCUAUGCUGGUUUUGAAGGUGAUGUCAACUUUGAAAGGAUCGGUGCAGGUUUUCCUCCAUCGGUUCCUGUGGAGAUGUUGCGGGCGGUCCCAGCUAUCACAGGCAGUUUGGUGGUUCCAAUCUGCUACCAGAUCUGUGUGGAGGCCGGUUUGAGCCGGUACGCUGCUGCCAUGGCGGGGAUCAUGGUCGCAAUAGACAACGCGCUGCUGGUGCAGUCACGGUUCAUGCUGAUGGAGGGAAUGCUCAUCUUCUUCUCCACCCUGUCGGUGCUGGCCUAUCUCAAGUUCCGCAACUGUCACAGAGAGUUCAGUUUGAUUUGGUGGUUCUGGCUGUGUCUUGCAGGGAUCUCCUUCACAUGUACACUGAGCGUCAAGUAUGUGGGUGUGUUCACCAUGUUUUUGGUUGUGGUUCGAAUCUGGAGAGAUUUUUGGCGAAUGUUGGAUGAUAGCUCCAGGUCUGAUAUGACCUUGGUCAAGCAUCUGUUUGCCCGUCUGCUGACCCUAGUGACAGUACCCGUGGCAGUGUAUCUCAGCAUCUUCUACGUCCACCUCAGUGUCCUGCACAAGGCCGGCCCUCACGACAAUAUCAUGACCAGUGCUUUCCAGGCCAGUCUCGAGGGUGGCUUAGCAGCCCUCACCCGUGGCCAGCCCCUGUACGUCUCCUACGGCUCUCAGAUCACCCUACGACACACAGAGAACCUUGCCAAUGGUCAGCCUUGCUGGCUGCACUCGCACGCUCACAUGUACCCGGUCAAGUACCCGGACAAACGGGGCAGCUCUCACCAGCAGCAGGUCACCUGCUACGUCUUCAAGGACAUCAACAACUGGUGGAUCAUCAAGAAACCGGAGAGUCAUGACCUGAUGGUAGACGACCCUCCAGUGCCGGUCAAGCAUGGCGAUAUUGUUCAACUCAUCCAUGGGGUCACCAGCCGAGCUCUCAACAGCCAUGACGUAGCUGCUCCUAUGACUCCGAGUAAUCAAGAGGUUUCCUGUUAUGUGAACUACAAUGUGUCAAUGCCGGCGCAGAAUUUGUGGAGAGUGGAUAUUGUUAAUCGGGACAGCGAGGAUGAGCAGUGGCAGACGAUCAAAAGUCAGAUCAGACUUGUUCAUGUCAACACGACCACAGCCAUCAAGACCACAGGGAAGCAACUGCCGGAGUGGGGGUUCAACCAGCUGGAGGUCUCGGCCGACCGUCUGGUCAAGCAGAAGGCAACUGUGUGGAAUGUGGAGGAACACCGCUACACCAGAAGCUCGGAGAAAGAGCAGCAGGCAGCCGACCUGCAGCAAGCUGAGAUGAUUCCCAUGAAGGCGACGUACAUGUCCUUCUGGGCCAAGCUCUAUGAGUUACAGUUCAAGAUGCUAUUCAGCACACAGGACGCUCGACUGGAGCACAAGUACAGCUCUCUACCUCAACAGUGGCCUUUUAUGGCCAAGAAUAUCGCUUAUUGGAUGAGUCCCAAGGAUAAUUCUCAGAUUCACCUGAUCGGCAACGUGGUCAUCUGGUACUCAUCUAUGGCUGGAGUCCUGGGGUUCUUCGCCCUGCUGGUGUUCUACCUACUGCGCCGCCAGAGAGCCGUGUUUGACAUCAGUGAAGAUCAAUGGCAGCAUUUCCUUUUCCUGAUGGAGCUGUUUGUCGGAGGCUACCUCAUCCACUACCUGCCAUAUUUUCUGGAGGAUCGAACCCUGUUUCUCCACCACUACUUACCUUCUGUUGUCUACAAAAUCAUGGCGUUGGCAGCGUUUGGGGACCAUCUGUAUACAGUUGCUUCUAAAUCGUCUGUAGCUCGGCCUGCCCUGAAAUACAGUUGUGUGGUACUGCUGGCUGUGUCGUUACAAUCCUUUCUCUCGCUGUCAGUGUUCACAUUCGGAAGUGAGGCUCUCAGCAAACAGCGCAUUGAGGCCCUGACCUGGGUGGACUCAUGGGAUUUUCUCAGUCACGACAAGUAAUCACCAUGGUCAUUGGUCAGUUGGCGAGUCUGAUGGAAUUUAACUAAAAAAUAAAAACAACUAAAAGUA